ACCGGUCCUUGUAGAUCCCACUAAUGUCGUGAUUAUUCAAUGCAUUCACCGCGGUACUGUUAAAAAUGUGAAUUCUAAACGUUAUCUGUAAUUCUACUUGAUAUUACUUCAUCACAGUACUUAUCCAUCCAGUCUUUACCGGUAACGCGCACGUCUUGCACGUCGCCACAUGUACUCAUUGUUAUUACAUAACCGUAACUAAAAAUUUAAAUAAGUGUUUUUUAAUAAUAAUUUUACUUUUAUAGUGAUGGCACCAAUAUUAAUAGUGAAAAUGUAAAGUAAUUAUAAUCAUAACAUGCAAUUAUAUUUAUAAUAAAUUUUUAAAAGCAUCGCGUUCGUUAAAUCGACUCUAGCGGAUAGCCUCGUCUAACUCGCUGUUGUGCAGUGUCGCGUCGAGGAGACGUGAAUCUUACAACUGAAGAAGUAUCAAAAAAUAUUCGUUGAAAAUAAUCAAGAACAAGAUAUCAUCAUGACAGUCAGUGGUAAGCUCAACAGGAAGAAAACAGUUGCAGGGGUCGUACGAGAAACGUCCAUGCUGGACAGGGUUCUAACAACCACAGACUUGACGGCUUUGGGCGUAGGCAGUACCAUAGGCGUGGGCGUGUACGUUCUUCCCGGCGCACUUUCCAAGUACGUGUCUGGUCCUGCUGUAGUAGUGUCUUUCUUCAUUGCAGCCGUCGCCUCCGUUUUUGCCGGAUUGUGCUACGCUGAACUUAGCAGUAGAAUACCAAAAGCCGGUUCAGCUUACUCUUUUGCUUACAUAGCUGUGGGUGAAUUUGCUGCUUUCAUUGUUGGAUGGUCUCUUUUACUCGAAUAUACAAUAGGAGGAGCUAGUAUAGCGAGAGGCUUAAGUCAAUUCGUCGAUUCAUUGGGAAACAAAACUAUGGAAGCUGCUUUUAAAAGUGUCUACGAACUGGAUGUAUCUUUUCUAUCACAUUAUUUCGAUUUCUUUGCUUUGUUUAUUGUUAUUGUUUUUUCAGCUGCAUUAGCUUGUGGUCUAAAGGAUUCAGUUCGUUUGAACAAUUUCUUUACACUAGUUAACUGCGCCAUAAUGGUUUUAGUUAUCAUUGGCGGUGCAUUUCAUAUUGAUUUUAAAAAUUGGUCAUUGCCUAAAGCUGAAGUACCAAGUUGGGCAGGAGAAGGAGGCUUUUGGCCCUAUGGCUUCCAAGGAGCCCUUCAAGGAGCAGCCACAUGUUUUUAUGGAUUUGUUGGUUUUGAUUGUAUAGCUUCAUCUGGAGAAGAAGUAAAGAAUCCUCAAAAAUCACUGCCUUUAGCUAUUAUUUUAUCAUUGUUCAUAGUUUUUAUUGCUUAUUCGGGCGUUUCUGCAGUACUAACACUAAUGAUACCUUACUAUAAUCAAGAUGCUGAUUCUCCAAUCAGCCAUGUAUUUGAUGUGUAUGGAUGGUCAAUGUUCAAAUGGAUAAUUGGAGUUGGAGCUAUUUUUGGAAUGUGUGCAUGUAUGUUUGGAGCCAUGUACCCAUUACCAAGAAUUUUAUAUGCCAUGUCCAAUGAUGGUUUGAUAUAUGAGGGUUUAGGAAGAGUUCAUCCUAAGUUUAAGACACCAUUUGUUGGUACAAUGUUUGCUGGAAUAAUUACAGGAUUUUUCGCAGCGUUAUUAAAUCUUAAACAAUUAGUUGAUAUGAUGACUAUAGGUACUCUUCUUGUUUACGUUAUGGUUGCUAUAUGUGUACUUUUUACAAGAUAUCGUGAAGAUAGUGAUUUGGAUUAUGAUAAUAUUUUAGCUGAUGAGUACAUUGAAUCCACUACAUUGACUACUUUAAAAGUGAAUUAUAGUAAAAAACAAGUGUUGAAACAGCUUUUCAAUUAUAAUAAUUUUGUACGGUCUAAUAGUCUUACAAGUUAUGUUGCUUCUUUCCAAACUACAUGUUUUACUGUUCUAUGUCUUCCACUUAGUCUUUAUUUAAGUCAUUGGUAUGAAUUAGAUAGAAUUCAAUGGACAGUUACACAAGUAUUAAUAGUUAUAAUGAUAUUACAAUUAAUAUCUAUAGGACUACAACCAACAUCAAAAACACCAGUUACAUUUAAAGUACCAUUUGUACCAUUUACUCCUGCGUUAAGUAUUUUUAUAAAUGUUUAUUUGAUGUUUUUCUUUGACAUUUAUACAUGGACAAGGUUCAUAGUUUGGAUGGCCAUUGGAUUAGGAAUUUAUUUUAGUUACGGCAUCAAACACAGUAAAGAAAAUAUUAAUUUAUGUACACCUAACGCAUUUGUUGGCCAAACAAAAUUAAGUAUCCAUUGAGUUUAUUAAAUAUAGUAAAACCUAUAUAUUUUUUUUAAGAACAAUUUGUAUUGUUGAUUGUUAUGUAAUAAAUAAUAAAAAUAUUUUUUUUGAUAAAAUA